AUGGAGUCUAUAAUGGAGAUUUUAAAACAGAUCCAGAGAGACCUGAAAGAACAAAAACAGGAAAUGAAAAAUAUAGAAGAGUCAAUUAAUAAUAACAUUAACGGGAAAUUCACGCAGAUUGAAGAGAAAACAAAGGAGCUCGAAAGCAAAAUAGAUAAACAGCAAGAUGUGAUAGAGCAAUUAGAGAGACAAUUAAAGAAGAAGAAUUUGAUAUUUUUUGGAGUAGAAGAGACAGAAAAUAAUUACAGCGAGCUAAGAGACUUGGUAUAUAAUAUCAUCACCAAAACUCUAAAACUUGCCUGUCAACGAGAAGAAAUUGAUGAGGUUAAAAGAUUAGGAAGUAAAACAGGCAAGACAAGGCCUAUUGUGAUAACCGUUACCAGCGUCGGUCGGAAGAUAGAUAUAUUAAAGAGAAAGAAGUUGUUAGAAGGUUCUACAAUAUACAUAAAAGAAGAUUUUCCCAAAAAAGUUCUAGAAAAACGAAAACAACUACAAGAAGAACUUAAACGGGAAAGAGAAGCGGGAAAUAAAGUCUUUCUUAGAUAUGAUAAAAUAAUUACACUGGAAAAGAACACCAAACGAAACCCAGAGGAAGACUCUACGCGCACACAAAAAAGAUAUCUGUCGCAAUCCCCUGAAAAUACUGAUAACUUAAGCAAACCUUCGUCGUCUUCAGUAAAACAAGCUCCGAAGAAGAAUAAAAUUGGCAAUAUCACCACAUACCUUCGAAAUAACGAACCAAAAAACUGA